AUGGCCAGCGUUGAGGACGACAAAAGUAUUGUCCCGUUAGGCUCGAAGUCAAUGAAAAAAGAUCACUUUUAUCAGUUUCCGGCUGAAUCUGAUGAUUUUAUUGAUGGAGGAUAUGAUUCCGGUGAUGAUGUCUAUAAAUCAAUGCGGAAUGGCUUGCAUCCAGAAGUGAACUUGAAGAAUGUGUUGAGUGGGUUGUUUGCAAUUGUAACUGGGCGUAAUAAAGGCCCCACGAGUGUUUCUUUGAAUCAGCAGUACCAAAGUUCUAAUGUCUCAUUUUUGGGGUCUGGAAAGAAUGGAGAUACCUAUCUGCACUCCUCGGUUUAUAUACCGAGUGCACCACCACUUCUGGAGCCAAGUGGGAUAAAUUAUAAUGCAUAUAAAGAGGUGUUGGAAGCUGAGCCUCCAGAGUGGCUCCCUGAUAGUUCUACCACGGUUUGCAUGCAGUGCGAUGCUCCCUUUACUGCAAUUACACGUGGCAGACAUCAUUGCCGGUUUUGUGGAAGGAUUUUCUGCAGAACAUGUUCUAAGGGAAGGUGCUUGCUUCCUGUUAAAUUUAGAGAAAGAAAUCCCCAGAGGGUCUGUGAUUCUUGCUAUGAUAGGCUUGACCCAUUGCAGGGUGUUCUUAUUAAUACCAUUAGCAAUGCUGUGCAAGUAGCAAAACAUGAUGUCAUGGAUUGGACGUGCACUCGAGGUUGGUUGAAUUUGCCUGUUGGUUUGUCCAUGGAACAUGAGAUCUACAAAGCAUCCAAUACCUUGAGAAGCUAUUGCCAGGUUGCUAGGUUGAAUCCAGAGAGAUCUAUACCAUUGGCGGUUCUGAAAGGAGCCAAAGGCUUAGCUAUUUUAACUGUUGUUAAAGCUGGAGUUCUUGUUGCAUACAAACUUGGGACUGGUCUUGUUACUGCACGAAGGUCAGAUGGAACAUGGUCUGCCCCAUCAGCUAUAUUCUCUGUUGGUUUAGGAUGGGGUGCUCAGAUUGGGGGUGAGCUCAUGGAUUUCAUAAUCGUGCUUCAUGAUUUGAAGGCUGUGAAGACAUUUUGUAGUCGAAUGCAUUUUUCUCUUGGUGCUGGAUGCAGUGCUGCUGCAGGACCUGUAGGGAGAGUGCUGGAAGCAGAUCUUCGGGUGGGGGAUCGAGGCACUGGCAUGUGUUACACUUACAGUUGUAGCAAAGGGGCAUUUGUUGGUGUGUCAUUGGAAGGGAACAUUGUUGCAACAAGAAUGGAUACCAACCUACGGUUCUAUGGUGAUCCUUAUCUCACCACUGCUGACAUACUACUUGGGACAGUGGACAGACCAAAGGCUGCGGAGCCCUUGUAUGUUGCUCUGGAUGACCUCUACUCUAGCCCACGUUGGUUGUCUUUUCUUCUGUCCCCAUUUGGUGUAUUGAUUGAGCUAAGGAAAACCAGUCUCCAUGAGUCUCUUUCGAACGUUCAAGCAUCGCAUGCAACAAAGAAUCAGUCUAAAUCAAAGUUGGCAGCUCUUCACAUUUCUAGCAAUGAAUCAAGAAAGAUGGGCAACAGGAUGUGUAAGCUUCUGAAUGUCUUAUACAAAAAAGUUGAAACUGCAUCCAUUUUAAAUGAACAAGAGAAUUACUUCACGCCCUCAGAUGAUCUUGAGAUAGAACAACAACACUCCUUGCAUUCUGAAAAUGACGGUGACACCCCAACUUAUGUCUGCAAAAUCUGUGUUGUGCCUAACCCCUGGAUGGCCCUUUCAACGUCAAAGGUUGUGCCCACUUUUACUGCAUUGAAUGCACUAUCAACUACAUCGAAUCGAAGCUUGAAGAUAACAUGGGGAAAAGCCCUCUGUGAAUCUGCGGUCCUUGGCUCUGAAAAAUUCUAUUGUCCCUUAAAAUAUUGCUCAGCUCCGUUGAUUAAUGAUGGGGAAAAGGCUAUUAAGAAUUUCCCUUGUCCCGUCUGCCGGAGAGAAUUUUGCUUGCAGUGCAAGGUUGCUUGGCAUUCAGGUAUCAAUUGCGCAAGGUUUCAGAAACUGGAAAAGCUUGGCGAAGGUGCAAUGUCAGUCGAUCUGGCUACGAGGAAGAAGUAGAGGAAAUGCCCUACUUGCAAUUACUAUGUGGAAAAAUCAGCUGGUUGCUUUUAUGUUCACUGCAGUCCACUCAAAUAUCUUUCUGGUGUGGGUAUGCCUUCUGUUACAAGUGUGGAGUACGUGCAAGCCGCCAUCUUUGCUUCAAACACCUUCGUUAGUUCCCAUCAGAAGUUCCUCAAAUGA